CCGGAGCGAUAUCCUCCGCGAUAUGGAAACGAAGAAGAGCUGAGGAAGGCGGUUCUCACAGCAAAAGUGAAACGGAUGGAUGAGUAAACUGAAUGAUAGAAAUGAAAACAUUAUGUUAUGGCGAUAUUCAUACAUAUAAUAUCAUUUGCUUUAAAAGGAAAAGAACGGCCGCAUUGUCUGGUUGUUGUAAUACUGUAACCUAGUGCAAGCUAGAAAACGUAACCGGGCGAUUAAUUACUAACAGCGUGUUAUUCAGUGUAGCAGUUACGUUAAAAUGUGUUAUGUUACCAAAAAAAUUGUUUACUCGACUAUAUUUCGUGCGUUUAGGGGUAAAAGUAGCCCAGGUGCAGUCACGCCUCAGUGAGUGUCGACAAAUAAGCGACGCUGAUUGGCUCUGGUGAUGCGGAAACGUCAUCGCAACCAUCCAGUAAUUCUUUCACUAAAGAUAUUGUUCAAAUUGGUGUAAAUAUGAAAAUAGCCGGGGAAAAUAUCCUGUUCAUCCUAGCAGUUUGCUUUUUAAAAUGCGUCUUAUAGUACUGUAAAUAACUUUUUUUAAGUGGCCGUAAAUGAUUUACUUCAUUAGUCCAAUGGCUCCAUAACAUCCCCAGUUGAGCAAACAACAGAGAACACCCAUCAAGGUCAUUGUUAAAUUAGGAUAUUUUUGUUAAAUAGUGCCAAUCUUCUUUCAGGAUUAUGCUCUCAUUACAAACAAUAUACGUGAUACCCAUCCAAGAGGCCAGAUUAAAUCAUUUCUGGUGUUUGGGAGUUGACCAUUAACUUGUACAGAUUACAAAGAGUCCUUAGUUGUAAGCAGCAGCUGCUGCUGUGGCUACACUGUGGAUCCUGAAGCAAAGUUCACCGGCAGCACAGUCUGCUGAUCUCCUCUUUGAAUUCUCCUCUCAGAUAUAUAUAUAUAAUUUAAAAAUUUGCAGUCAUGGGUAGAGCAAAUUAUGGAUACUAUCGAGGCACUAUAUUUUUAGCCAUGUUUGUUGGCUACACACUUUACUACUUUAACAGAAAAACGUUUUCUUUUGUGAUGCCUUCGCUGAUGCAGGAAAUUAAGCUGGACAAGGAUGAUCUGGGCAUGAUAACAAGCAGUCAGUCUUUGGCCUACGCUAUCAGUAAGUUCAUCAGCGGAGUGUUGUCCGACCAGAUCAGUGCUCGGUGGCUCUUCUCCAUUGGCUUGUUCGCGGUGGGAGGCAUCAAUGUGGUCUUUUCCUGGUCGUCCACUGUGGCCGUCUUCUCUGCCCUGUGGUUCCUCAACGGCUUGGGUCAGGGUCUCGGCUGGCCUCCCUGUGGAAGGGUGCUGCGCAAGUGGUUCGAGCCCUCUCAGUUCGGAACAUGGUGGGCAAUCCUGUCAUGCAGCAUGAACCUGGCUGGCAGCUUGGGCCCUAUUAUCGCCACAGUGCUGGCCCACAGUUACAGCUGGAGGACCAUCCUGUCCAUGUCCGGAAUGAUCUGCGUGGUGCUCUCCUUUGUCUGCCUGUUGGUCAUCAAGAAUGAACCCAAGGAUGUGGGGCUACCUAAUGUAGAAGUGGCAGCCAAGAAGAGCAAAGGAGGGUCUUCUAGUGAUGAGAGCACCCUGUCCGAGUUCCUGCUCUCUCCUUACCUGUGGCUCCUCUCCGUGUCUUAUCUGGUGGUGUUUGGGGUGAAGACAGCCUGCACUGACUGGGGACAGCUGUUUCUCAUUCAAGACAAGGGACAGUCAACGCUGAUGGGUAGCUCAUACAUGAGCGCCCUGGAGUUGGGAGGUCUGUUGGGCAGCCUGGCAGCAGGUUACCUCUCUGACAAAGCUGUGGCCAAACAAGGUAUGAAUAUCUAUGGCAAUCCUCGUCACUUUGUCCUGAUCCUUAUGAUGGCAGGAAUGUUCGUGUCCAUGUAUUUGUUUAGAGUCACAGUCACUCCAGAGAGCCCGAAGGUAUGGAUACUCUGUUUGGGUGCUGCUUUCGGUUUCUCCUCCUAUGGGCCAAUAGCCUUGUUUGGUGUUAUAGCCAAUGAGAGUGCUCCAUCCAGCUACUGUGGGACGUCGCAUGCUAUUGUGGCCCUCAUGGCUAACAUUGGCGGCUUCCUCUCCGGGCUUCCAUUCAGCACCAUCGCCAAACAUCACGGCUGGGAAAUGGCCUUCUGGGUUGCAGAGAUUGUCUGCGGCAUAUCUGCUGUCUGCUUCUUCCUGCUGCGUAACAUCCGCACAAAGAUGGGCCACGUGUCCAAAAAGUCCGACUGAAGUGUCGUAAUUUCCCACGCGAAGAUAAAUGUGAAGCCUUCAAUGUAAUAUCCUAUUUUUUAAACAUAUUUUUAUGCUCGUCACAUUAGUUUCAGCAUGUAAAAUGAAGCUCAAAUUAGUUAGGACAUGCUUUUUUCCUAAAACUAAACACCACAUCAAUAAUUUAACAAGGCAACAAAAUGAAAUGCAGUGAAACGCCCAAAGUCAAACACACUCAGUUCCUUGGUACUAGUUGGUUUCCAAAUUGUUCUCAUUUCUAAAUAUUAUUUUCUCAAACUGUUGCUGUCAUAAAACCUUCAUAAACUGAACAGCCAAUGUUUACUUAACAUUUUGCUUACAUUUAACUUUUGGGAUCUUCAACUUUGGAGGUUCCACUAGAGAAAUGUCUCAAGCAGCUCCUUAUUAUAAUGACAACAGAACCAACUCUUAAUAUUCAACCUUUUGUUAUUUUUUUUUUUAAAUAAAAAAAGCAAGACUUGAAUAAAUAAUACUGGUCAUUUUCA